CCUCCCUCCCCCACACUGGGCCCCGUCUGCGCGGGUGUGCUUUCGUCUCUUCUUGUAGCGUCGGCCCGGCCCGGCCUGGCCAGCGGGCAGAUGCCCCGAGCUGCUGCUGCUGCCGCCGCCGCCGCCGCCGCCAACUCGGCCGGUGCCGGUGUGGGAGACGAGCGUCCGGCCCCGGGCCGCUGAGUGUGACGGACGGGGCCGGGCGCCGCGGCGGCUUCGGCGGCUCUUCGCGGACCAUGUAUUUCCUGAGCGGCUGGCCCAAGAGGCUGCUCUGCCCUCUGGGUAGCCCGGCCGAGGCGCCUUUCCAUGUUCAGUCCGACCCUCAGAGGACUUUCUUCGCCGUGCUGGCCCCAGCUCGCCUCAGCAUCUGGUACAGCCGACCUAGUGUGUUAAUUGUAACGUACAAGGAACCUGCAAAAUCAUCUUCUCAGUUUGGAUCCUACAAGCAAACUGAAUGGAGGCCAGAUAGUACCAUGAUAGCUGUGUCAACGGCAAAUGGCUACAUCUUAUUUUUUCACAUUAAAUCUGCAAGAGAGGACAAGUACCUGUAUGAACCAGUGUAUCCCAAAGGAAGUCCACAAAGGAAGGGGCCACCUCAUUUUAAGGAAGAACAAUGUGCUCCAGCAUUAAAUUUAGAGAUGAGGAAAAUACUGGAUUUGCAGGCACCCAUCAUGAGUUUGCAGUCUGUGCUGGAAGAUCUCCUGGUUGCUACUUCUGAUGGACUUCUUCAUCUUAUUCACUGGGAAGGAAUGACAAAUGGGAGGAAAGCUAUUAAUCUUUGUACAGUACCCUUUUCAGUAGACCUGCAGUCUUCUAGAGCAGGUUCAUUCUUGGGCUUUGCAGAUGUGCACAUUAGAGACAUGGAAUACUGUGCCACACUCGAUGGGUUUGCUGUUGUGUUUAAUGAUGGUAAAGUUGGAUUUAUUACACCAGUGUCAAGUAGAUUUACUGCAGAGCAGCUUCAUGGAGUUUGGCCACAAGAUGUUGUUGAUGGAACUUGUGUAGCAGUAAAUAACAAGUAUCGACUGAUGGCAUUUGGUUGUGCGAGUGGUUCUGUACAGGUUUAUACAAUAGAUAACACCACUGGAGCCAUGCUACUGUCUCAUAAACUAGAAUUAACAGCAAAACAGUAUCCUGAUAUUUGGAACAAAACAGGAGCUGUUAAAUUGGUCAGAUGGUCCCCUGACAAUAGCGUUGUAAUAGUGACCUGGGAAUAUGGGGGCCUUUCUUUAUGGAGUGUAUUUGGAGCCCAGCUGAUUUGUACACUUGGAGGAGAUUUUGCUUAUAGGUCUGAUGGUACCAAAAAAGAUCCCCUUAAGAUCAACUCUAUGAGCUGGGGUGCUGAAGGCUAUCACCUAUGGGUGAUCAGUGGAUUUGGUUCUCAAAAUACUGAAAACGAGUUGGACUCCAAGAGUAUAGUUAAACAGCCUGGCAUUCUACUAUUUCAGUUUAUUAAGAGUGUACUCACCGUAAAUCCUUGUAUGAGUAACCAAGAGCAAGUGCUGCUUCAGGGGGAAGAUCGAUUAUACUUGAACUGUGGAGAGGCCUCACAAACCCAGAAUCCCAGAAGUUCUUCGGUACACUCUGAGCAUAAGCCCAGUCGGGAAAAGAGCCCAUUUGCAGAUGGCAAUUUAGAUUCUCAGGGUUUAAGCACUUUACUUGGUCAUCGGCAUUGGCAUGUUGUACAGAUUUCCAGCACCUAUCUAGAGAGCAAUUGGCCUAUACGGUUUUCAGCUAUUGAUAAGCUUGGACAGAAUAUUGCUGUGGUUGGCAAGUUCGGUUUUGCACAUUACUCUUUACUCACCAAAAAAUGGAAGCUUUUUGGAAACAUUACCCAGGAGCAAAAUAUGAUUGUGACAGGCGGCUUAGCCUGGUGGAAUGAUUUUAUUGUCCUUGCGUGUUAUAACAUAAGUGAUCGUCAAGAAGAGCUCAGAGUUUACUUGCGAACAUCAAAUCUGGACAAUGCCUUUGCUCACGUCACCAAAGCACAAGCAGAAACAUUACUGCUUAGUGUCUUCAGGGACAUGGUAAUAGUAUUUAGAGCAGACUGUUCAAUAUGCCUUUACAGUAUUGAAAGAAAAUCUGAUGGUCCAAAUACUGCUGGUAUUCAAGUGCUUCAGGAAGUCUCCAUGUCACGCUACAUUCCUCACCCUUUCCUGGUAGUAUCUGUCACUCUGACAUCAGUGAGUACAGAGAAUGGAAUCACCUUGAAAAUGCCCCAGCAGGCUCGUGAUGCAGAGAGCAUUAUGCUGAAUCUCGCAGGACAACUCAUCAUGAUGCAGAGGGACAGAUCAGGCCCUCAGAUCCGGGAGAAGGACAGUAACCCUAACCAAAGGAAACUUCUGCCAUUCUGUCCUCCUGUUGUACUAGCCCAGUCUGUUGAAAACGUCUGGACCACGUGUCGAGCAAAUAAACAAAAGCGUCACCUUCUGGAGGCCCUCUGGCUGAGCUGUGGAGGUGCAGGGAUGAAAGUUUGGCUCCCCCUCUUCCCUAGGGAUCACCGCAAACCCCAUUCUUUCUUGUCCCAGCGGAUCAUGCUGCCUUUCCACAUAAACAUUUACCCUCUGGCUGUUCUGUUUGAAGAUGCAUUAGUCCUUGGUGCUGUCAAUGACACUUUACUCUAUGAUUCUUUGUACACUCGGAACAGUGCUAGGGAACAGCUGGAAGUGCUCUUCCCUUUCUGUGUUGUGGAGAGAACCUCUCAGAUCUACCUCCACCACAUUCUACGUCAGCUGCUGGUGAGGAACCUUGGGGAGCAAGCUUUGCUCUUAGCCCAGUCCUGUGCUGCGUUACCUUACUUUCCUCAUGUGCUGGAGCUCAUGCUCCAUGAAGUGCUGGAAGAAGAAGCUACCUCACGGGAGCCCAUUCCCGACCCUCUGCUUCCCACCGUGGCAAAAUUCAUUACCGAGUUCCCCCUCUUCCUGCAGACAGUUGUUCACUGUGCCAGGAAGACCGAAUAUGCCCUGUGGAAUUACCUUUUUGCAGCCGUUGGAAAUCCCAAGGACUUGUUUGAGGAAUGUUUGAUGGCUCAGGAUUUGGACACUGCUGCCUCUUACCUUAUUAUCUUACAGAACAUGGAAGUCCCAGCAGUAAGUAGGCAACAUGCCACCCUUCUGUUCAACACAGCCCUGGAACAAGGCAAGUGGGACCUGUGUCGACACAUGAUUCGAUUUCUUAAAGCCAUUGGCUCUGGAGAAUCUGAGACACCUCCAUCCACACCUACAGCUCAGGAACCCAGUUCAAGUGGUGGAUUUGAGUUCUUCAGGAAUCGAAGCAUCAGUUUAUCCCAGUCAGCUGAAAGUGUUCCUGCUAGUAAAUUCAGCUUACAGAAAACACUCAGUAUGCCAUCUGGUCCUUCUGGAAAAAGAUGGAGCAAAGACAGUGACUGUGCUGAGAACAUGUAUAUUGAUAUGAUGCUCUGGAGACAUGCUCGGCGUCUCUUAGAAGAAGUUCGGCUAAAGGACCUUGGCUGCUUUGCAGCCCAGCUGGGCUUUGAACUAAUUAGUUGGCUGUGCAAGGAACGUACCCGAGCUGCCCGAGUAGACAACUUUGUGUUAGCCCUGAAGAGACUCCACAAAGACUUCCUUUGGCCACUUCCCAUCAUCCCAGCUUCUUCCAUCAGUUCUCCUUUCAAGAAUGGAAAAUACCGAACAGAUGCCGGCAUCUCUAAUGUCCAGCGAAGUCGGAGCUGGCUUGGCAGCAUUGGCCCCACUCAUCACGAAAUAGACACAGCCUCAUCCCAUGGACCACAAAUGCAAGAUGCCUUCUUGUCACCUUUAUCUAAUAAAGGUGAUGAAUGCAGUAUUGGUUCAGCCACAGACUUGACUGAAAGUAGCUCCAUGGUGGAUGGGGACUGGACAAUGGUGGAUGAAAAUUUCUCCACACUCAGUUUAACUCAGUCAGAGCUAGAGCACAUCUCCAUGGAGUUGGCAAGUAAAGGGCCUCACAAAUCCCAGGUCCAGCUUCGGUAUUUGCUACACAUCUUCAUGGAGGCAGGAUGUCUGGACUGGUGCAUUGUUAUAGGCCUGAUUCUUAGAGAAUCCUCAGUAAUCAACCAGAUUUUGGUUAUUGCACAGUCUCCAGAGGUAGAUGGAGAGAUGUUACAGAACAUAAAGGCAGGGCUACAUGCCGUGGACCGAUGGGCUGCUACAGACUGUCCUGGAUAUAAGCCAUUUUUAAACAUCAUUAAGCCACAACUGCAGAAGCUCAGUGAGAUAGCAGAAGAGCAAGUCCAGCCUGAAGCCUUCCAGCCAGUUAUUGCGGGUAAGACUCCUGAACAGACCAGCCCUCGGGCGGAGGACAGCAGGGGCUCCUUGGGUCAUGGAAGCGUCCCCCAGGGCGAGGUUGGAGGUGGCAGUUUGGUCAGCCGGAAAGAGGAAGACUCAACCCGAUCAGAGGAGGAGGAACCUUUCCAGGAUGGGACUUACGACUGUUCUGUGUCCUAACAGCAGUGGGUACCGUCACCACGGCAGUAUUAAUUGGCAGCAGCAUGCAACUGAGGACACUGUGACCUAGUUGAAUAAUUUAACCAGGGAGAGAACUUAGCUCAGAGACUCUGGUAAGGUAUUAUUAAAUUUUAACUAACUCUUUGUCCUCUAAGAAAUCUGAGUCCAUAAAAAUGUGAUAUCAAAAAAUUCAUCUUUCAUAAAAAAAUUUUUUAAGCUGCAGUGGAAAGUAAUAAAGAACACUGUACAGAUGUACAUGAGAAUAUUUUGGUUUUAUUCUUAAAGGAUGGUAGCUUUUAAACCGCAGGGAUUGUUUUGUCCCAGAUGAGCUUAUUUUCACUACUUUAUAGCUUCCUAUGUUUUCUGGUUCAGUAUGUGUUCAGACUGCUUUUUAAAAAUAAAUGCGAAGGUGCUUGUGUAGCUCAUCAAAUACUUGAGCUACGUGUAUGCUCCCUUGGAUCGGGAACACUGGCCUCCCUAAUUGGGCCUCCUGAUUAGAUGCCACCCUGGCCUAACAGCUGCCAGUGUGAUGAAGACAUGCUCUUUUUCUAUAAUUGCUAAAUCCUGGUCCUGAAUUGGUGGAAGCUAUUUACCUGUGAGUCAGUGUGCCUGCUUUAGCAAGCUUGAUUCCUGCCAGAUCAGUGUGGGCAGAGGUCUGAGGAGUUUAAAUCAAUUAUGCUAUUAGAUACCACUAAGCUAUUUUGUAUCAAAGAAUUGUAUCUUUUUGUGAAUACUCUUGUAAAUAUACUCAAAGGCACUGUUCAUAUUUUUAGGGCUUGUAUUAUAAUUUGUAAGGUUUUAUGCUGGAUUCUGCAUGACUAUAGAUACUCACUCUUGGAGCAAAGACAGGGCUUGCUCUUCUUUCCAAAUAAUAACAGAAUUCAUGGAGGAGGACAGGUUUAUUGGCUUGGUCAUAAGGUAACAGAAAUGGUCACAAUGAUCAUGAAACGAAGUAGGUUUUGUGCAAAUUAAUGUAGUUUCUUAUUUAUUGCUUUUGUAAAUUGAAUAAAAAUGGACUUUUAUGUAAA